AUGCUCCACGAGAUCCUCCUCUCCCUCUCCGGCCAGCCCUCGCCGCUCUUCAAUACCGAAAAAGGAGAAGACAGUAUCACGCAAGAUGAUUUUCCUCUUCUCUCGCCUCCGGAGAAAGCCCUCCUAGCCUCCCUUGGCCAUCUGAGUCGACUCCACGCGCAGCUACGGAAACAAACAGCCGCUAUAUCCUCCACAAAUCCCUCUGUUAUAUGCCGCUCGGUGUCCACUGCUAUACUAGGGGUGCACCUGGACGAAUUUCAAAGGAAGAUACUGGAGGUGGAGCGGGCAAUCCUCGCCGAAGAUAGCGGAUAUGUUGGGGGCUACGGUAUUGUCCCAUUGUCAACUAUCGUGGGUGAAUUUGCACCAUGGACACGACGCAUGGAUUGGCUCUGGGGGGUGAUGCAGUUCAUCCAACCGGAUAAGAAUUGCGGCGAUAAUUCACAUGGCUCCGCGGGAGCGGCACUCAUCGAUCAUCUACGGGUCGAAGCCCAAACAGGAUAUCUUGAUAUCAAGGAGAUGGCAUUGAAUCUGGCAACAGCUGCUGAAACAGCAUGGAUGAAGCAACUUUCGAUGUGGCUUCUAUAUGGAAACCUUCCGAUGUACGGUAAGGAUGACUUUUUCAUUCGUCAAGACCCCGAAAAUGCAGACGAGGAGACGCAGUUCAGCAUGAAUCCUAGAUUGCUCCCAAAAUUUGUCACUCUUCAAACAGCAAGCUCUAUUUUGUUCAUCGGCAAGUCGCUGAAUCACAUACGGGCGAAAAGAAAGACCUCCAUAGCCGGGGCAUCUACCGCGCCUGUGACUUUGUAUCGGGAGCACAUAGAACAACUUGCGAGUGUCCAAUCCCCGAUCUCGCCCCCGAAACUGUCUACUGUCGUUGACUGCAUUCGACUUUCACUCUCUCAGUCGACCUUGUCGAAAUUAUUACCACUUCCCAAAAUCCUUGAAAUCCUUACCUUGCUGCACAACUUCUUUCUCCUAAGGCGAGGAGAGUUUGCGGUGGCUCUCGUAUCACAUGCGGACUUCCGCAUAAAUGAAAGUCGACGCCGUGGUGCAACAAUGCCCAGUGGGGUUUCAGGAAAACUCGAAGGUAUCGCCAUCAAAGAAGGAGAUGUUACAUCUGCUUUGGCCCAAACAUGGGCAGAGCUUUUCUCUCUACAAAAAGAGGAAGACCCUCCAGAUGAAGAGCUCGAACUUGCCCGGGAACUUCUUAAUCUUUCCCCCAGCAGUGGGAAAAACGGGCGGCCGAUGACUCCUGCUCAAAAUUCAAAUUUGAUAUCUGAUAUCUCGAGCGUCUCGUUUGAGGAUAUUCUCUUCCCGACACCCACAAACCUCACCGCGCAAAUUCGAGCCCCUUUGGACUUAUUUAUCUCCAACUCUGAUAUUGUGAUAUAUUCCAAAAUGCAUUCGUACCUUUUAGGGAUACGGAGGGCUCAGAUCCGGCUUGGUGAUCUUUGGAAACGGACUCCCCUAAGGAGAACACACCCCACUCCGUGGGGACCACCCAAAAGCAAUAGUCCUUUUGGGCAAGCUAAGUUGAAGGCGGGCAGAGAGAGGGAUAAUGUCCGUAUCCGUCAAAUGCGCCCCGUCUGGGCAACGGGCAGCGCGUGUCUAUUUAUGCUUUCUGAGAUUGGUGGUUUUUUCCAAGGAGAUGUUGUCAAUGAGUCAUGGCAGCACCUUUAUCAAUGGAUUAAAGGAUGCUCUUACUCGUCAUCGGCCCCUGGCUCUCGACCUGGAACCGCGUCAUGUUCAAAGCCGCAAAUCAAUUCAAAGACGGCAUCUCCUGGUCAGACGCCUGCUAAAGACUCCUUCGAGGCUGACCAAGAGACCAUGGGACGACAUGAUCCCGAGGCUCUGACCGUAGCUCAUCGCCGGCACUUGGAAUCCCUUGUAUAUUCUCUUCUUCUUACUGAAACUCGAUUUACAAACAUCCUCAGAGGCCUCCUCACCAAUAUCGAUCGCUUUGCUGCUCUUGUGAUCCGACUGGAGACAAUCCAACGCAACAUGGACCUUGAAACAGACGAAGGUGUGGUUGACGCCUUGGUUGAUUACGCCUCAGAAGAAAGGGAAGUUUGGGAAGAGCUGAGUGUCACUCGUAGGGAUGUCGAUACAGGCAUUAACACCCUCGUCACGAGCCUCAGAGACAUUGACGAUAGUCGCUCGGGAGAUGGCCGGGGGCUAACAUCGGGUCAAUUGUGGCCCGGCUCACACAAAGAUGACGACACGCCUGGAUUUAGCCACUAUGUGCCCCGUAAAGCAGCGGGGGUGGAUCGUUUGCUCAUGAAAUUGGACUUUGGUAGCCUUCGAAGCGGCUUCGGUCCCGACAUGACUACCGGUCCUGCGGGCCUACAAUAA